AUGGCGAAUGAGCGCCUUGGCUUCUUGGAAGAGGCCCUCACUUCGUACUCGCGCGCGAUCUCCUUUUAUGAGCGUGCACGCGGCUCUGCCACGUCGAAGGCUGCGCGCACGACGCCGUUCAUCGACGAGAUGGAGCGCUGGGCCGAGUGUGCUUUGUAUCGUCAUGCCCUGCUUACCGUCUAUGCACAGCCGGCACAGGCUGCUUCGGCUUUGCGUGCGUACGAAGUGCACGAGUCACGCUGGCCUGGCACGUUCCGUCAGCCGCAACGCAAUGUGAUCCGCGCUCUCUUUGCGCGCCUUACGCAGCCGAACGAGCCUUCUCGCGCAGCACCACAGGUGCUGAAGCCUGUCUCUGCACGCACGACUGCGACACGUCGUCCCCGUCCGGCACCUACAACCGCGCAUCCGUUUUCGACUGUGAAAUCGACCGUCGUGAGACUUCUGCAACAAGACCCCGGCUUUCCACGCGCGAACGAGUCCAAUGCUCAUCCCGAGACCCUCGCUGAGCAACUUGUUGAAAGCUGGCGCUCGCAGUGCGGCGCUAAUAGUGCGAUGGAGGCUGAUGAUGUCGUGACGCUCCUGUACGGGCUCGCCGGCAUUACCUUUCGCUCACAGACGAUCCAGCGUCUGUUGGUGCACAUGCUCUUUGCCGCCGAAGCUUACGCCGAGGCAUAUGCGAUCGUGCCUAAGUACAUGGCGCUUGUCGAUACGACAUGGAAGGCACAUGGCGUGCCAGCACAGCGCUCGACGGCUGAGCUGCGUGCGAUUGACGGCCCACGCGAGUAUGUUGACACUGUCCUGCUUGGCGCACACAUUGCGCUGCGGUAUAUGAACGAUCCGCGCCAGGCGCAGGAAUGGGUGGACGAGCUUCUUCUUGUUGGUACGAGUGACAAGAGCUCUCGGCACCGCUUUACGAUGGAGCCGGCGCUUCUGGCCCGCACGCUGCGUAGUGCCGGUGAAGUUCGCGUUGCGCAGGUGCGCUUAGUUGCGCCUGCCGAGCGCACAGGUCUGAUGGAUGACGCGCGCGUGUUUUUGCAAGACUCGCUGUCCCUUGAUAAUGAUGCGUCAGAGACGUGCUACAUACUUGCGUGUAUCUUGGCGCUUGAGCGCCAGUUCGACGACGCUCUCAAGCACGCGCGUCGCGCGCUGGAGCUUGAGCCUGCCUUCGUCGAUGCCUGGCACCUCAUUGUGUUGCUGCUGAGUGCACGAAAAGACUUUCUCGGCGCACGCAACCUUGCCUCUGAAGCGCUCGCUCAGGUCGAGGCGGACGAUGACGCAUCAGAUGCCCAGAUCGCUGCUGGAUCACGUGCAGACCCACGCACCCAGCUCCUGUCGUUUGAUUACCCACCGACAGCCUUCCAGCGCGCUGGCUCGUACAUCCGCCUCUUGGUCACGCACAAUGUCCUGCUCGAGCUAACGAUGGGUGCUGCAUCUGCGCUGGAUGCGCAGCGCGAUCUGUUUGCCGCGUACCACGUGCGUGUGGCACCGUUGUGCGCGUCGCCGGCACCUGCGUCAAACGAGCCUGAUGCUGUGUUUAUGCGUGCGCCGUCCAUGAUGCUCAAGCCCAAAGCUGAGCUGGCCGAAACACCGACGCACGCUCGCAAUAUGUUUCGCGCUCGUGUAGGCACACAGCUACUUCAGCGCCUGUGGCUCCUGAGUGCGGCGUCUUUCCGACGCAUCGGCGAUUUAGAGCAAUCUCGGUGUGCUAUUGCUGAGGCUGAGCAGCUGGAUGCUCGCUUCGCUGAGGUAUGGGUCCAACUUGCGCAGUGGUGCUUGGUAUCGGGUCCCUCGAAGGCUGGCGCGGCCGUGACAUGUUUGUACAAGGCACUCUCGUGCGACACAAACCAUGUGGCCGCAAGUGUUCACCUGGCACGAGUGUUGCUGCGUCCCUCUGAGCAGCUGAACAUGCGCGCGUCGCAUGCCGAGUCGAUCGCUGCUGUGGCAUCUGCGGCAAGUAGUGAACAGAUGCCGCUCUCGGACUUUGCACUUGCCGAUGACCCAGGUAUCGCAUCUGCAGGCGAUGCUGAGAACCACGCACGAGCUACGCCCAGUCGUGGACUGGGUGGGUCGUCACCCACAGCGACGAACCCGAAGACGUCGCCUGAUCAAGAGGGCAAUGGCGCUUUGGGCGACGUUGCCUUGCCGUUCCGUUGGCAGCAUGAUGUCCCCCCUGUCGGACGAACAGCAUGGCCCAGGCUCUCCUGCGCACCGUCCACGCUUUUCCACGGCUGGGAUGUGUCAGAAGCCUGGCACACUCUUGGCCAGCUUGCACAACAGACGAAGCGCUCUGUUGAUGUGCAACGCCGUGCCUUCCUGGAAGCGUUGCGCCUCGAGUCAACACGACCGAUCCGUCCAUGGAAUGCGGCACUGGACAUGCCCCUCUAG